AUGCUCGACUAUGCUCGUUCUUUGCUCGGCUUGAACACGAAGAUUAAAGUUUUAAUUACGACGUUGCUCCGAAAGCCGACUGUUCCUUUACAGAACUACACGAUUUCUGACAUUCCCGAACGUAUCCCUUUCUCUAGAAUGAUUACAUUCCAUACUUUGUCAUAUCCUUAUGCCGUGUUUUAUUGUCACACCCAAAAGAGUGAAACCAGGCUGUUUCGGAUUUCACUAGGUGCUGAGAAUGGAGAUAAGGUGAAAGCUAUUGCUGCUUGUCACAUGGAUACCUCACAAUGGGACCUCGAUCAUGUGUCAUUUCGUUUGCUCAAAAUCGAGCCUGGAUCGGGCCAGGCGUGCCAUUUCUUCCCGCCGGACAAUCUUGUAUGGGUGUCUUUGUCUGCUUGA